UCGGACUCUGAAUGUCGGAGCGCCAGGAGCCCGAGGACGCUGUUAUCCGUGGGCUUCCGGGUGCAGGUUGUUCCGCCGCCGCCGCCAGGCCGGAAUUUCUGGAGCUGUUGCUGUCUCUGUCGGUGCGCCCAGCUCAGCCACACCAUGGGGAUCCUGGAGAAGAUAUCCGAGAUCGAGAAAGAGAUCGCUCGGACGCAGAAGAACAAGGCCACUGAAUAUCACCUGGGCUUGCUGAAAGCAAAACUUGCCAAGUAUCGGGCCCAGCUCCUGGAACCAUCCAAAUCUGCCUCAUCCAAAGGAGAGGGCUUCGAUGUCAUGAAGUCGGGCGACGCCCGUGUGGCACUGAUUGGAUUUCCCUCUGUGGGUAAGUCUACCUUCCUGAGCCUCAUGACCUCCACCGCCAGUGAAGCUGCAUCCUAUGAGUUCACAACCCUGACGUGUAUCCCUGGGGUCAUUGAAUACAAAGGAGCCAACAUCCAGCUCCUGGACCUUCCUGGAAUCAUUGAAGGUGCAGCACAAGGGAAAGGACGUGGCCGGCAGGUGAUUGCUGUGGCACGCACUGCUGAUGUCGUCAUCAUGAUGCUGGAUGCCACCAAGGGAGAGGUGCAGAGGUCUCUGCUGGAGAAGGAGUUGGAGUCGGUGGGCAUCCGCCUCAACAAGCACAAACCCAACAUCUACUUCAAGCCCAAGAAAGGUGGUGGCAUUUCUUUUAACUCGACAGUCACGCUGACCCAGUGCUCAGAAAAGCUGGUGCAGCUGAUCCUACAUGAGUACAAGAUCUUCAAUGCAGAAGUGCUCUUCCGAGAGGACUGUUCACCAGACGAGUUCAUCGACGUGAUCGUGGGCAACCGGGUAUACAUGCCCUGCUUGUAUGUUUAUAACAAAAUUGACCAGAUCUCAAUGGAAGAAGUAGACCGCCUGGCCCGGAAACCCAAUAGUGUGGUCAUCAGCUGCGGCAUGAAGCUAAACCUGGACUACUUGCUUGAAAUGCUUUGGGAGUACUUGGCCCUGACCUGCAUCUACACCAAGAAGAGAGGACAGAGGCCAGACUUCACAGAUGCCAUAAUCCUCCGGAAAGGCGCCUCCGUGGAGCAUGUGUGCCACCGCAUCCACCGGUCGCUCGCCAGCCAGUUCAAGUACGCGCUGGUGUGGGGCACUAGCACCAAGUACAGCCCGCAGCGGGUGGGCCUGACCCACACCAUGGAGCAUGAGGAUGUCAUCCAGAUCGUUAAGAAGUAGUGACCUGGGCUCGGGCCACCUGCCCAGCCACGCUGUCUUCAUGGGGAGUUGAAGCCAGUGGGAUACACCAAAGCCCCAACAGGAAAAAUACAAAUACACAUACUCCAGGAAGGGGGUCUCUCAAGUCUGCUUUUUCCUGAAGUUUUUCCAGUAGGCAAAUGAUGAAGCAUAUGUGGGACAGAGGGACAAGGUUGGGGGACUUAGGCUGGGCUUGGGGCAUUUUCCUUGAGACUGGCCCCUCAGGUAGGGGUUCUGAAUUUAGAACCCAGGGCCUGUACCCUACCUCCAACCCUCUUCGGACAUUGAGGGAGCAAACUGCCCCCUUACUCCCCAGCCAGGCCCGGAUGCAGCUGGCUUGCUUGGUGCUGGGGUGGGGAGCUGAGCCUGCCUGCGUCCCUAGAGGUGGUUGUUACUGUUGGGCAUGUUGGCCUCAGUUUCUGCUGCUUCAAGGUACUCAGGGGCCUCCCAGGGCAAAAACCCCUAACCCCCUCCCUGCCCUGGGCUGCCUGUGAUGGAAACUAGAGGUCAACAGCUUUAAAGGCCGAGCUCAUGCCCUCCACAACCUGACGGGUCCUGAAGUGCCACCCCCUCCCAGGGCAGCUCCUCCCCAGCUUAAAGCCUCUGCUCCCAGGCCCUGUGCAGACACCUGGGGUGGGGGCUUUGGAGUUUGGGUUUUCUAUUUUCUCUCUAAGCCCCCUCUUCUCACCUCUCUCUGAAAUAAAGAAUGAAAACAAUUCGGUUCAAACUGA